CACUUCAGGGCUACUGGUUCUUUGCUGGCCUUGGUGGAAUUGAGAGAUAUGACUUGUGGAGUUAAUUUGGGGAUCUUCCUGAUUUGCUUGUUUCAAGCAGAGCAUGUACGCUGUUUGUGGGCUUCACAAGCAUCUCAGAGCGACGGCAACACAUAUGUUGGCUACUCUCAAAAGAAUCGGGAAGCUCGUUUCAACUAUCCCCAGAAUCGACUCAGACAGGUCCCUCCGAGCUCAGAGCAGAGCAGUAGCCUCAACGCGGCAGUGAGCAGUUUUAGCUGGGGGCAUUCGACUGGUGGCAACACACAAACUGCUUCACAGCCAGCCAAAAGUGGCUAUUCUAAAGCCAGGUUAGUGCAGGGCAGCUCAGCGGCAAAAUCUAACAGCCAACUGGCUAACUUGAAUCCUGUGCCUAAACAGCAUUAUCAAGGCCUUUCUAAUUCUAUUGCCAGUGGCAAUUCUAAGAGUAAGUACGAUAAAACUCAGAGCAGCCUGUUUGGUGCAGGGGCUCCUGAGCCAAACAUGAUCCCUGCACGGACCAAAACCUCAGCCAGUGUUCGUGCUAAGCUAGUGUCUAAAACCCCAAAAACUGCCCGUCCCUCAGCUCCUAAAAAUCCCAGCCAGACUGAGUUUGUGAACCCAUACAGGAGUAAACUGUUUCCUGGGAAUACCCAAGGAAGCUACAAGGCUACUUCCAUGGCCUCAAGCUAUGGCAAAUCUCUGCCUGAGUCCAACAAAGUAAAUGGUCCCGUCUUCCAGCCACGCAGUUACUCAAGGAGCUACAACUCCAAAUCAUCAGGAAAGGGCCCCUCUGGUAAGAAGUUUGCCCUGACCAAGACCCACAGCAUCCCUGACAAAUUCGGCGGCUACGCUAUCAGACGGCUGAAGGAUCCUGACCAGGAGAAAGUGAGUGUCAGGAAGCCCCAGCAGGCCUACGUGGCUCCCCAGCGGCAGGCGUCGAACCCGGCCUACGUGGCUCCCCAGCGGCAGGCGUCGAACCCGACCUACGUGGCUCCCCAGCAGCAGGCGUCGAACCCGACCUACGUGGCUCCCCAGUGGCAGGCCUCAAACCAAAACUAUGAGACUCCAAACAAGGCGUAUGUGGCCCCUCAGUGGCAAGCAACAAACCAGGCCUACGAGACUCCCAACAAAGCCCAUGUGGCUCCCCAGCGGCAGGCUGCACCACAGGCCUACACGUCCCCUCAGGCUGCACCUUUCAAGUCACAGGUCCAGAGUGCUCACAAGGAGGCCAAAUGGAGGCGGGUCAGGCCAAAGUGGGGACAAUAGCAGGGGUCCUCGGAUGAAUAUUUAGUCUUUUGAAACAAAAUAAAUGAUGACUUUACCA